UAAAAAAGAAUUGCAAAAAAGAAUUUAAGAAGUUAAAAUAAAAAAUAAAUUAAAAAGAAAAAUAGAAUAAAAAUAAAAAGUAAAUUAAAAAGAAAAGAAAGGCAUUGGAAAAAUAACAUGUAAUUAGAGCAAUUCUCGAGCCCCCCCUCCAAUUGCACCCAAGUUCAUGUGGCUUUCCAAACAGGCUCUAAAUUAAUUUCUCAUUAAUAUAUGUAUUGAAAAAACGAAAAAGAAAUAAACUCGGAAUCCCCGUCUCACCCUCGUGCCACUCCUCCCACGGCUCCACUGGCAGCCCAAAACCACUAUCUUCUAAACUCCAAACUCAAAUAGAAAUGAAUCCAUUUCCUCCACCGCCACCGUCGACCACCUUUCCUCCACCACCUUACUUUCAGCACCAGCCCACCAAUGAUCUUCCUAAUGCUCUCUCAUCUCUUACAUCUCUCCUCAACUUCUCUUCCACUACUCUCUCCUCCCUAAUACCCCUCCCUAACCCCUCUCCGUUCCACCCAUUAAUUCAAUGCCCUUUCAAUCCGAACCAUCACCUUCCCAUUUCUUCCCUCUUUUCCCACUCCUUUCAUUGCCCCUCACACACCAUCCCCUCCAAUCACAUCCUAACCCUACACAGUUUACUAAAAUACCCCAACACCCACACAAUCCGCUCCUCCACAAACCCAGUUGAAUCCCGCAAAGUCGAGUCUGGGGAGGGUACAGUGCAGACAGACCUUACCCCUGCGGAAAACGAUACAAUCGAUCCAAACGUUAAACAACCAACAACAACUACCUACCCAAACCCCUUCACCUUAACGUCAAAUUCACAAUCAGACCUUUGUUUCUCUCUUGAAAAUUAUCUUGACUUAGAAAAUCCUGAUUUCUUUUAUUCUAAUUGUCCUGGUGUUGUUUCUUUCCCAAUUAAUGAAAAUGCAACUCCACCAAUGCUUACUUUGCCUGCUAUUUUAUCCUCAGAAUGUUCUAAUUUUGGUCGGAAUUCGUUGUUUUUUCCGAAUGAGUUUGAGUUUAUUAAGGUUCUUCUUCCUUCGGAGGUGUAUGCGAUUAGGAACGAGACGGAUCGUUGGAGUGAUUUUCCUUUUACGUAUUCGUAUCGUGUUCUUCGUGGGAUUUUGGGAUUAGGGAUGAGUAGUUUGGAGUGUUUGUCGACGUGGGUAGUUGUUAGUUCGGUUAGGUGUUAUAAUAUUGUGCUUGAUUUAGCAAUGAGGGAUCAUAUAAUUGUAUUGUUUAAGCUUUGUUUGAAGGCUAUUGUUAGGGAAUCCAUCGAUUUAGCUAGUAAGGCUGAGGGGUCAGUUUUGAGUAACCGAAGUUUUAAGUGUCCCGUCUUAGUUCAGGUGUUGAUGUGGUUGGCAACCCAACUUUCUGUGUUAUAUGGUGAAAUGAACGGGAAAUUGUUUGCUAUUAAUAUGGUAAAGCAAUGUAUAUGUGAUUGUGCGUUUAGUUCUUGCAUGUUCAAUGAAUCGACUGAUAGGCAAAAAGGGGAUGACAAAAGUUUAAGUGGUGAACCGCUUAAAAGUAGAAUGGAGAAUGAGGGAACGAAUGUAUCAUCGGAUGAAGCACUCUCUAAAAGCCCGAUUUUUGUUGCCCAAGUAGCAGCAGCUGUUGCAGCAUUGCAUGAACGAUCUAUGCUUGAAGAAAAGCUCAAAGCAUUAAGGAGUUUACCAUCACUUCCAGCUUACCAACGAUCGAUGGAGCACGCUUACAUUUCGAAUAAAGCAGAUGAGGAACGGCAAAAACGCCCUAAUUACAGGCCUCUGCUUGAGCAUGAUGGAUUUCUGUGGCAGCGUUCGCGAAAUAAUCAGGACUCAAACAGAACAAAGACGAGAGAGGAAUUAUUAGCUGAGGAAAGGGACUACAAACGUAGAAGAAUGUCAUAUCGUGGAAAGAAGAUGAAGCGGUCAACAACACAGAUUAUGAGGGACAUAAUUGGGGAAUACAUGGAGGAAAUCAAACAAGCAGAUACCAUCAAUUGUCCAACAAAAGGAGCCGAAGAGGCCAAAUUUCCGCCUUCAGCAACCUACAGGCCGGAUAAUUAUUAUAUGGAUAAAGCUGAGUCUGGAAAGAUGCAGCUGGAUUCAUCUGCUUUAAGAAAAGGAAUGGAGGGUGGUUAUAGGAAAGAGUUUCAUACUGAUGAAGAAGUCCAUUCGACAGGCUUCAAAGAUGAUUAUUCUGAAAAUAUGGAAAAAGCAUCUCAGUGGCAUCAUCGACAUUUAGUGGCCGAGAGAAGUAAUGGGAGAUCCAGACAGGAGAGAAACGAUUACUCUAGAAGCCCAAAUAAGCGAGACGGUGGUGCCUCUUUGCGUGAAAAAUCAAUCAGCCAAGAGAAGAGAGACUAUUCAAACGAUUUUAGAGAUAAUUUUUCCAGAAGCUCCAGCAGAAGGUACCACAAAUCAAUUGAGAAAAGUAGUUCACAUAGGGAGAGAAGUGGUCGUAAUCUUGACCUCAAGAAACGGAAGGCAAGGGAUGGUUCUGAUGAUUUUGAAGACCGAUAUGAUCCAUCAGAACCUCAGAAACACUGAGAAAAUGUCCAACUAUUGCAGCUAGUUCUCUGUUGUCAGGUUAUCUGGAGAUGCAUCAACAUCAGAAUUUGCUGUUUCUGAUCUUAUCAGAAAAGAAUUUCUUGCGACUGGUGCCUUUUGUUCUACUGGUCAAAUUGGCUAGGUAAGCAUCAUGCCGGUGUAUGCAGUUUAUCCUCCUGUAUCCUUCCAUGUAUCCUUUAUAUUGAUUUUUCUUGGCAUUGUCUUCUUAGAUUUACUAUUCUUCUUCCUUUUGCCCCUAUCCAAAGAAAUAAUUCUCUCUUGGAUUUUCAAUUGCACAUAGUAUACGGCUAGAACACCAGUGAUAAUGUUCUUCAUGUGCACAUCAUAUAGUAAGUUGUUCUUUUCCAUUGUGCUGGGUGUAGGUUGACCUGAAUCAUAAACAUUUGUUGCUGAGUUCCUUUUUUAUUUCUGGAGCAAACAUUGUUGCACAGAUCUAAUGCUAAAUCUUUUGGUUUGCUUGGUUAUGCUUCUAUGUGCAAGUGUAAACACAAGUUAUUAAAGUAAGAUUUGCCUGCUACAUAC